CAAGCCUUGCGCCCGGGGGUGGAGGGGCUUUGUCCGGAUACGUCGUGGAACUCAAGGCGGUCCUAGAGAACCACGCUCCCACUAGGAUCACCCCGAGUCCACCAUUAACCCAACUUUAAAAUGGCAUGCUCCACUUCUUCCCGACUCUUCUCGGCGCUUGUCUCCGCGUUCUUCAUCUCUGUGAUGCACUGCCAGUAUGAGAAAUACAGCUUCAGGAGUUUCCCCAGGCACGAGCUGAUGCCCCUGGAGUCCGCUUACAAACAUGCACUGGACCAGUACACCGGAGAGAAGUGGAAGGAGACGGUGGAGUACAUGGAGGUGUCUCUGCGGCUGUACCGGCUGCUGCGGGACAGCGAGGCCUUCUGCAACCUGAACUGCAGCUCCGUGCGGCUGGAAGACGAGCACAAGUUUGUGGAGUUUCCAGAGCUGCGGGCGUUUGGUAACGUUAUGAAGAGGGCGCAGUGCCUGAAGCGCUGCAAACAGGGGCUGCCCGCUUUCAGGCAGACGAUGCCCAGCCGGGACACCAUCAUUGAGUUUGAGGACAGAGAGCCGUACAAGUACCUGCAGUACGCCUACUUCAAGUCCGACAACCUGGCCAAGGCGGUGUCUGCCGCCCACACCUUCCUGCUGAAACACCCGAAUGAUGAGAUGAUGCAGAGGAACAUGGCGUACUACAAGAGUCUGCCUGGAUCCGACGAGUACCUCAAAGACCUGGAGACCAAAUCCUAUGAGACACUGUUUGUGCGCGCAGUACGGGCGUACAACGGUGAAAACUUCCGUACUUCGGUGUCCGACAUGGAGCUGUCCCUGCGUGACUUCUUCAAGGUCUACGACGAGUGUCUGGCUGCGUCCGAGGGGCCCAGAGACGUCAAAGACUUCAAAGACUUCUACCCCUCUAUAGCCGAUCACUACAUCGAGGUCCUUGACAGGAAAGUGAGGUGUGAAAGUGAACUGACGCCAGUCGUAGGAGGUUUUGUGGUGGAGAAUUUUGUGGCCACCAUGUACCACUACCUGCAGUUCGCCUAUUACAAAUUGAAUGACCUGAAGAACGCAGUACCGUGUGCAGCCAGCUACCUGCUCUUUGACCCCAGCGAUGAAGUUAUGAAGAAUAACGUGGCUUAUUACGAGUUCCACAAAAGCCGGUGGGAGCUGACGGAGGAGGACUUCCUCGCCAGAUCAGAGGCACUGCGAUACUACAAUCAGACCACCAUGCAGCAACAGAUGUUGGAGUUCUCCCGACAGCGCCUGGUGAGCGACGACGAGGGGGAGGUGCUGGAGUCUGUAGAUGAGUUCCUGGAUGGUGAUGAUUUGCUCAAAUUAGAAAUACCGCCGAAACAAUGAACCCCCCCCCCCCCCGUUUGUAUUUAUUGGGUUUUGCAAGAGGCUUUGAUUGGUCACUGGGUUUUUACCCAUCCUGAAUAUUUUUUACUUCCAAUUUCGUGCACGAAACACAUACACAGUACAGUGGCUAAUUAAUUUACAGACAAUGAUGUUAAUAAAGAUAGAACUAUAUAUACUUGCUUUUUUAUGGAUCCGUUCCUCCACUGUAAAUCAAGUAUGUCGGUAACGUUGAAAUGAUAAUAAAACUCAACAAACAUGUCUUUCAAGUAAACUUUA